GCAGUCCACAGUUAGCUGUCAAAGCAUGCAGUUGUUUUAAUUCAUACAUAUUUUUAUAAUAUAGUGUUGUUAUAUUGUUUUUCUAUUUUUAUACAAAAAAGUGGGCCAUUAUGAUAGUGGAAAUUACGGUGCUGCUGGUAGCGGCACUGUUCAUCUGGCACCAUCUAAAGACACGGCGAGCAAAAGCAAUGUUUCAUGCCGCUGGAAUAAAGGGACCCAUCGCUCUUCCACUUUUGGGCAAUGCGCCACUUAUUAUGAUUGGCGAAAGCGCUGAAACUAUGCUGGACUUGCUAUGGCGUUUGAUUAAUAAAUAUGGCAAGUUUAUAUCAUUUAGCCUAUUUAACGAGAUUGCUUUUAUCACCGCCGAUCCAAGAAUGAUUGAGGCCGUAUUAAGCAGUCAAAAGCCGAUUACCAAAAAUAAACUCUAUAAUCUAUUGACUGACUGGCUGGGCACUGGCCUACUACUGAGCACCGGCAAGAAGUGGUUUAAACGCCGUAAGAUUAUCACGCCGACUUUUCACUUUAAGAUACUCGAACAGUUUGUUGAGGUCUUCGAUCAGCAGAGCGCCGUUAUGGUGGAGAAAUUAUAUGAUCGUGCCGAUGGCAAGACUAUCAUCAAUAUGUUCCCAGUCGCAUGCCUAGCGGCCUUGGACAUUAUUGCAGAGACUUCCAUGGGUGUAAAACUUAAUGCACAGCAUAAACCCGACUUUCCCUAUGUGCAGUCCGUGAAAAUUGUAUCCAAUAUAAUGGCUGAGCGCUUUAUGAGACCGCUGCAGCGUUUCAAUUUCACCAUGCGCAUCUUCUAUCCACUGAUCUAUCGCGAACUGAAUCAGCACAUCAAGUCUAUGCAAGAUUUUACGGACAGUGUCAUCUCGGAGCGACGCUAUACCUUGCAAAAAUCAUUAAAAGAGUCUAAUCAAAACUCCAAAAGUGCUGAGGAUGAUGACGUUGGCAGCAAACGUCGCAUGGCGUUGUUGGAUGUCCUGCUGCAGUCGACUGUGGAUGGUCAGCCUCUAAGCAAUGAGGAUAUUCGUGAGGAGGUGGAUACUUUCAUGUUUGAGGGUCACGACACCACAACCAGUGCCAUCUCCUACACUUCAUAUCUGCUCGCCAGACAUCCUGAGGUGCAGGAGCGCGCCUUCCGCGAGGUGGUUGAAGUGAUUGGCAACGACAAAUCAAAGCCAAUCACCAUGCGGGAUCUGGGCGAACUGAAGUAUUUGGAGUGUGUAAUCAAGGAAUCGCUACGCUUGUAUCCACCAGUUCCCAUGAUCGGAAGAAACUUAACAGAAGACAUUACGCUGGAUGGCAAACGGUUCCCCGCCGAUAGUAACCUUAUACUGCUCAUAUAUCAUGCCCAACGCGAUCCAGAGUAUUUCCCUGAACCGGAGAAAUUCAAUCCAGAUCGUUUUAGUCCGGAAAAUAUCAAUAACAUUGAUGUUUUUGCCUUUGCACCGUUUUCUGCGGGUCCUCGCAACUGUAUUGGCCAAAAGUUUGCAAUGCUUGAGAUGAAAAGUACCAUCAGCAAAAUGUUGAGGCAUUUUGAGUUGCUGCCACUCGGUGAACCAGUGAAGCCAGUUAUGAACUUGAUCCUACGCUCCACAACGGGUGUUAAUAUCGGAUUGAAGCCACGUGUUUACUGAGUCAAUUGUCAAUGUUGCUUUACUUAAUUAAAAAUAUUAUAAAGAAGAGCCAA